CACACGGCAGAUUGAUGGCGCAUCACAACCUGGUCUUUAAGCCCUCACACAGUUCCCACACAAACUUAAGUGAUAGUGAAUUUGAUCAACUUAUAAUUAGUGAAUAAUUUGCUCCUGGAACUCCAAAAAGUCUUAAGGUUCAAUUAAAUUGUCAAAGUCAAGUCUCCAGCUCCUCACUAUGGUGUCGGCAUUAGUGUCUUGCUGCCUAAUGGCGGCGUUCGUGGUCAUUCAUACCGCGGCGCCCGUCAAUGCUGACUACGGCGACGACGGUGGUCUUUUUGACGACGAGGGUCGCCUCCUGGUGAUUCCCAUCGGUGCCUCAGACACCAGCAUCCUGCCGGGACUACCCUUCAACAUCACCAGCCUCGCCCAGCUCCUCUCCGUCUUGACCUCCGUGGCCCUCACAGUUUUGGGUCUAACAGCUCUGGGCUUCCUCAUAUACGCUCUCGUGGUCGGGAAACAUGGCUAUGGCUCCGGUUAUGGAGGCAGUGGCUAUGGUGGCAGUGGCUAUGGUGGAAGUGGGGGAUACUCCUCGUACUCUUCGUACAGACGGUCCUUCGAUCCUUACGCCAUCGACUGGGAGAAGUUCUCCAUCCUGGACUGGAUCGCCAUCGGAGAGGAGGCCUGGAGGAAAUUCGACCCAGCUGACCUUGAGUGCCAGAAGCGUCUCAUCUGUGAACUGCACCAGAACACAUCUCGCUUCGGCACCCCAGCAGCCCGCCUUGUUGACCUGUUCAGCUACCUGCAGUACGCCGAGGUCCUCUCCCUCCCCGACGAGUUCAAAGCGCUCAUUGAGGAGUACAACGACGCGGCGGAUCGCGGUCGCAGCCUUCAGAAAGACUGCGGCGAAGUGUAUACGACAUGUGACUUUUCGGUGAAGAAAAUAGUGGACAAAUAUUCUCAUAAUGAGGUUUAAAACUUGCGUUUCUUACGAAUGCGGUUCAAAUGACCUCGAGGAGGAGCUCCAAGUGAGUGUUUCUCAUGUGCUCUCGUUAAUUCUCCGAAGUGCGUCCUGAGGAAUAUCUGAAAUGAAAGGCUAUCCUUUGAGGUCAACCUCCCAGACAUAGGAUGAGACAUGUUAUCAUUUUUUUUACAGUGAUUUAGUCUUAACCUCGACCAUUCGCUUGUCAAUCAGAUGCCGUCUUAUUUGUUUGUAAUUUGUUUAAAUUUGUAUUUUUAAAAACUGUUGUUGAUUUGUAUUUAAGAUAAUUUAUUGACUGUAAUGACCGCAUUACCAGCGAGACUGAACCACCGCCAUAGACUAGCGACGUUAUGCAUUGCUUGUGACCCCCAUGACUCUUUAGUUGAUGACCGCUCGUUGAUGACCAAUACGCUGUGCUUUGUAAAUAUGACUUCUUAGUUUUACAUAAACAUCAUUUUACAUCUAUGACUUUGAAUGACUCUCAAACCUUUACCUUGAUGGUUCAGACUAUUCACUGGGAAGAUUUUGGCCGAUUUAGUGUCGCUUGAUGACCUCACCCGACUACUUAGCAGCCCUGACCUUUUAUUUACUGACACUGACACUGUAAAAUACAUGACUGAAGUUUAAGCUGAAGCACUAAUACUGCUCAUCAUAGCUGACACUGACACAAUGUACAGGCCCCUGUGAGCAGGUUUGACUCUCUAACAUGACAAUGAGAGAAUAAUCUGGAGCUCACAGGCUUUGCUCUCAAUACCCACUGACUUGGAAAAACUCGACCUAACACUGACUAAACAACUGGCACCGCCGCGUCACACUGACUCGACACACGUGAAACCUACGAAUCACGAAAGAUUUCUUCUAUAUAAACUUACAGACCUGAGUAACUAAUAUCUCAUAUUAACUGUAACCAGUUGUUAUUUCACGCUGACUUGACUAUGAUACAGCCAUUUACACCGACCAAAGGCUCAUACUAAUAUUAAAUGACUUAAACAUUACAUGACAAACUGACCUGACUCAAAAACAUGUACAACUUACUCUAGCUUGUAAAGCACUACCCGACUCUUAAGUUACUGCUGCCUUAUACCGCCCUGACAUUAUACUGCCUGAUAGUGACUGACGACAGCUUGAAAUCAACAAAAGAUUCAUCUAUACUGACAGCCAUGGGCCUGACAGACCGACAUUGACCGAUGUCAACAGAUGCUGAACGGAACACUGAAAUCAUCUCGGCAUAUUAUAUACUGACCAUUGAAUUACAGCCAAAACAAAACAAAAAAACAGCCAGCUGACAAAAGACUGCUGACAACGACAUUUGACCAAAUAUUUACAUCAAUUAUCUGUAAAUAGGCAGAGAUUGACUGUGUAAUUGUGUGUACAGACUUAUACUUUAUAGGUAUAGGGAGGGAGUACCACCUCCCUACAGAUAUAUAUAUAUAUUUUUAUUAGUGACUUGUGAAUAAGUAGCGACAAUUAGUAGACUGAAGAUUGUGACUGUUGAGCUCCACAGGAAGAUUUCAGGGAACUGUGACCUUGACUCUCGGCGGGCUAUCAGGCCCAAGACACAAAGGACGAACGAUAAAUGCUAAGUAAAAGACGCCCGUCAAGAUCACAUACUGUACUCCGCUUGUAUCACAGGGGUCCGGCCUCCUUUAAGGGGGGUCAAGGCUCCUACUAGGAUUCAAACCACCUCCUCAGGGGGGGGUUACGGCCCUCUAACAGGGCCACGCCUCCUCCACAGGGAUGUUGAAUCAUCACAUCGGGGUUGUACCCCCUAUAUUUUUCCCGUAUUAAAUUUCUUCCAGCAAAUUGUGCACUAUUCUACAGCGACAAAACGUAUGAAUUAAAAGUUCAGGCGAGACCCGUUGAAAUUAUUCCUUUGUGUUAUGUAUCCACUCGAAAUACGGAUUAUUUAUAUUUUUGAGCACUUGUAAAUACAUAUCAUGCAUCUUGUUGUUAAUUCUUUUUUCAUUUUGGUUUCUGAAGGCUAAUUUAAUAAAUUAUUUCAACCUGA